AUGUUCGACGUGAACGCUCCGGAGACCAUGUUGGCGAUGAAGAAAUGGUGGGCAGACUUUUGUGAUCGCGCACCGGUGGCAAACGAUGCCGACAUGAAUGAUUACUGCUGUGUCGUGGUCGGGAACAAGAUUGACAUGGUAGGGAAGGGUGGUGGGGACAAUGUUGUAUCAGAGUCGGAGGCGUUGGAGUUUCUGGAUGAGUUAGUUCCGCCUUCUGAUAUCAGCAUCCUACCUCCGAGUAUUUCCAGCAGGUCGCCGCAAUUCCCGACUCCAAGUUCAAGCUUCUCUUCCACCAACAUCAGCACGCGUACUCCGUCUAUCGCAAUUGCUCCCCAACCUCGCACCCAUCAUCAUACACGUGAAUCCUCGCACUCCCCAAAACAUCAACUGUCAAAGUCAAGGUCUCGCUCCUCCUCGCGAUUCUACUCUGGGACCAUGACUACAACACAUACCACUCUCACAAUAUACCAUACCCCAUCAUCAUCAUAUUAUCAGUCUGCGCGGUCCUCCCCAGAACCUUGGUCUAGUUCGGUUUCCAAUUCUAGUCUCAGUGAAGUCGAGACUAUAAGUCCCUCAGGGAGCGUGCGGCGGCGCAGCACAACUAUUCUCUCGUCUAAUAGCACGAGCUCUGGAAGCGCGCCGACCAUUACCCCCAGCCUUUACGCACGCGAGAGUGCUGCAGCCGCGGGGGUAUCUACACCUUCUGUCUCUCCUCUCAUUCCGUCCUCAACACCCAUACCCCCUGAGCGCGGACCCAAGCUUUUUUUCACCUCUGCCAAGACCGGCGAAGGCGUGGCGGACGUCUUUGAGUAUAUCGCACAGCGCGUGGUGCGUCGUUGGGAAUAUGAAGAAUGGGUCGAAGCGCGAACAAUGCAUUUUCGUGAAGCAAGUUCUGCUAAUGAAACGGUUCGCUUAGGAUCAGAAAACAGAACGAAAAAGGUAUCAUACUUGUAA